UAUGGUUUGUCAUGACCACAGACAUUAAUUUUAUUACCAUGACGAAGUGAAUAGCUGUCAUCCCCUUCUUCUCACGCUCCCCCUCAUAUUCAUUAUUUAUCGUAAUUAUUCUCUACGCUGUCAAGUGUGAGAAAAUCGACACGCUAUAAAGAGGUACUCGCACCAUCGUUACGUUAUAGUUUUCGGGCUCUUUUUUUGUUACGCGAAUGCAAAAAGGAUUUUUUCUUUCAUUCAUUUUUCGUAUAAAUACGUUUAAUCCGAUAAUGUUUACAUUGCGCAUUGUAAGCGCUGCAUGCCACAUCGCAUAACCUCCAAAGCAUUGCGUGACAACAAUUUUUGUCGUGCUCUUUAUCCGCCCGUAUAGAUUUCUCUCGUUUACAAAGCGAUAACGAUGGCGGGAUGUUACGACAAACUGUCUUGGACAGAAGUGCGGGAUUUACUGAGAACUUGGAGAGAAGAUUCUGAGCGACGAAGUAAAGAUGUUGUGGACUUUUGGGAAAAAACAUUGAUGGGAAAAAUUGAUCGUUUAGGCAAUGAAAAAUAUCUGGUUCUGGAACAAGUAUGUGUAGCUGCAUUGGAUUGCUACCGAUUACCAUUAGCUGAAUACUGCAUCAAAAUUUUAAUGCGCGCAUUUCCCGGCAGUUUGCGUGUUCAUAAAUAUCAUGCCAUGCAUUUGGAAGCAUUAGAAAUGUAUGAUGAAGCAAUAGAAGUUUUGGAUUCUAUCAUAAAAAGAGAUGAAACUAAUGCAGCGCCAAGAAAACGUCGUGUUGCCAUUUUAAAAGCUCGCGGACGUAUACCUGAGGCAAUCAAAGAGCUUACAGAGUAUUUGAAAAGAUUUAUGAGUGAUCAAGAAGCAUGGCACGAACUGUGUGAUCUGUAUUUACAAGAACAGGAAUAUUCUAAAGCAGCUUAUUGCAUGGAAGAACUUAUAUUGCAUAAUCCACACAGUCAUUUAAUUUACCAAAGAUAUGCGGAAAUAAAAUAUUCUCAGGGUGGAUUUGAUAAUAUGGAACUAGCGAAAGCGUACUUUUGCCAAGCUGCAAAAUUAAAUCCAAAUAAUAUUAGAGCUCUAUAUGGUUUGUUAUUAACAACAAAUAAUAUUGCGACAUCACCUAAAUGCCCUUCGUCUAAGAAAAAGGAAGCUAUGAAACUGAGUGAGUGGGCUAGUAAACAAAUUGAGAAACAAUAUGAAAGUAAAGUUUCAAAUGAGGAUGUUAAAAACGUAGAACGUUUACUAGGACAAUUGCAACUUGAAGCUUAGGUAAUUUUGCCAAUGUGCACGUACAAUUGUAUGUUGAUAUAUUAGUUAAUUAAUCUAUUAGUAUCAUUGUCGAGUUUUAAAUACACUAUACGUAAUUAUCUUUUGAAUAUAUUUAUAUUUCUGUACUGUAUUGUAUAUUGUAUUAACUAAAUGGUUGAUCUUUUAUGAUUGUGAUCUUUCUCUGUAACUCCGUUCAAUAUCAUCGUUAUUUCAUUGUUAAUUAAAUAUCGGUUAUAUUAUACAUAUUAAUGCAAUAAAAAAUGGCGUUGGAUGAAAAAGAUAUAUAUCACGUAUGCAAAAAAUAUUAUUUAUUUUUAAAUCGUUGAAACAACUAGUUUUGUUUCCAUAUUAACUUUGAUAACUAUUCUGUACAUAAUAAACAAGAAUAGCAAAAUCA